UUUAUUCAUUUUUUUUCUUAAUGCAUUGCCAAAAUGUAUAUGAUCGGGAAAAAUUAUCGGGAAUGAUUGGAAUUGAAUCGGGAGCAAAAAAAAAAAAGCAAUCGGAUCGGGAAAUAUCGGGAUCGGUAGAUACUCAAACUAAAACGAUCGGGAUCGGAUCGGGAGCAAAAAAACAUGAUCGGAACAACCCUAGUAUAAAUACAUCUUUGGGACACUGAAAAAAUUAAAAAUAGAACGUAUUUAUACGUUUGUGGGAGCAAAUGAGUUAAGUCCACAACUGCAUAUAUCGGUAUGGGUUGAUGUCGGUAUUGGAUUUUUGGAGUUGCACCAUAUUGGGAUCAGAGGUUGCGCUAGACUUUUUCGUUGUCUGUGUUUUUGACUGACAGGGUCAUAAAAAUCCAGUCAUAAUCUAUUUUUACCCGUCACUUAAAUUUUUAAAAUGAUAAUAAUGACAUAUUCAAUAGUAUUUAGUUUUUGUUCAUUUUUAAUUAAUAUUCUGUCCGAACAAGCUUAACAGAGAAUCCACACCGUGCCAUCACACAUCAAGCAGAUGAAUAUGUAACUUUUUCUCCGCAGUGACAAAAACAGCUGACUGUGGCCCCAGUAGGUAGGCUACAUAUGGAACAAUGAAAUUAACAGUUCACCUGCUGUGGCCUGAACGCAGUAUCACACCUUCCUCCUUGCUGCCGCUUGCUCGCUUGCCGAGGGCUGAUUGCUUGUUUGCCCUUCAUCCUCCACUGCAUCAGUCCCUCUUUUUCACCUCUUUUAUCAACACCAUCGUCGUUUUGGGGCUUUUUGAAGAAACUUCGGAGUUUUGACACUCGGUUUCCUUGACAUUUUUCCGAGUAAGGCCAACGACGUCAUGCAUCAAGAGAGACAAUAGCUAAUUAAUAUGCUCACUCGCCACCCAGUGGCCUGGGGUGUGAAUUGCAACCUGUCAAAAUGACAGAUGGACUUCAGUUUUUUCCGUCACCGUUUUAAAAAAACGGUCAACGACGGAAAAUAUUCGGUUAACGCGACCCCUGAUCGGGAUAUCGGUGAAUAAGUCAUUAUGGCACAAAUUGCUUGGCGCAAAUUUGCCUCGAGUCUUACGUGCAUGUUUUUGGUGGGUCUGAUUGUCCCUAGACUACCUGGAGAAAACCCAUGCAAAUACAUUGAUAGAACAAUGCAAACUCCACUUUUAGAUGAUUUGAGCUCAUAUUUCUGUUUUGCGGACUCCCUCUCCACGAGGACACUGUGCUGCCUCUAUAUCCUUCUCUCCUAAUUAAAUUAUUAUAGAUAAAAAAAUAAGCCAAUAUGCAGGUGCUGAUAUAUGCCCCUGCACGCGUUGAGCCAGACCUCCCCACCCCCCUGCGUGUUUCUAUAGUAAUUUCCAGCCAAUGAUCAGUAGGUGUCCGCAUCCCCGCGUCCUCACCUCAGCACCAAUCAGCCACACACAGCGACAAGCAGCGGCGGUGGAGCGAGCAGGCAGGCAGGCGGAGAGACGCGCGCACACACACUCCACAAAGCCCGGGAUCAAGACGCACACAACUCCCUCUCCUGCUAGGAGCGCCUCGUUAUUCACCCAAAAAGAAAGGAAAAUCAGCCUACACUUUGAAGGAAGAAAGUCGCUAACAACCAGAAGAUGGCUCUUUUGUUUUGAGCGCCUUUCGGAGUGUGCGCGACUCUUAGUGGGGUUUUUUUUGGUGGUGUUUUGUUUUCCUGCUAGCGACCUCCACGCCGCGCUUCACGCAUCUCUCAGCGGUAAUGUGCGUGUGCACAGCCGCAGGCUGCUAGCACCUCAGGAACUCCUCAACGGGAACCUGGUAGCACCAGACAAGAUAGUUCAGGAUGGUAGGACACUGUCGGUAAACAGUCGGAGUUUGACAAAGGCCGGAGUCAUUUCGUUCGGACGCCCUCCUUUCGUCCCUAAACACCGACAAGCCCACCUCAGCCAUGGCGAACCUAAGCAGCGCGCUUUGCAUCGAAAACGGACAAAACGCGGACGUGUCGCUCUUACAAAAGGAUAAUCUUCAGGACGGUGGAUUAAGCCAGCUUUUGGAUUAUAACGCGGAAAUGGAAAGGUACCGGUCUUUUGCGAACUUUUACAAAACCAACGGGGCGUUCCCACAAACUGCCAAGAUCGCCCGCAUCACGACGCCCAUUUUCCCCAGCGCCAGAAUCGGCAUGUCCCCUUGGAACUGCGAUAACGCCAUGCUUUGGGGGAGGAAAUCAGCGGCAAUAAACCCUAAUAGGACCAGCAUGCAUAGAAACGACUCCCAGAGGCCGGGUAAGCCUGGCGUGCCGCCAGAGACGCUGCAAAUGGCAAAUAAUAAUUUCCUCUCUACCUUAUCCCCCGAACACUGCAGACCUUUAGCAGGAGAAUGCAUGAACAAGCUGAAAUGCGGCGCUGCCGAAGCAGAGAUAAUGAAUCUCCCCGAACGCGUUGGAACUUUUUCAGCUAUUCCGGCUUUAGGGGGCAUCUCAUUACCUCCCGGGGUCAUCGUCAUGACAGCCCUUCACUCCCCCGCAGCCUCGGCAGCCGUUACAGACAGUGCGUUUCAAAUUGCCAAUCUGGCAGACUGCCCACAGAAUAAUUCGUCGGCAUCGAGUGGAAACCCGGCAAAGAAGAAGAGGAAAAGGUGUGGGGUCUGUGCGCCCUGCAGGCGGCUAAUCAACUGCGGCGUCUGCAGCAGUUGUCGGAACCGCAAAACGGGCCACCAGAUCUGCAAGUUCAGGAAAUGCGAGGAGCUGAAGAAGAAGCCCGGCUCGUCGCUGGAGAGGACGCCGGUCUCUAACGGCGAAGCAUUCCGGUGGUUCUUCUAGAAACGCCACCAACCAUCGUCUAUCACCGGAUGGGAGGUGACGAUCGACCACGGACCCUCCGCUCGGACCCAAAGCGCCCUAAAAGCACGCACGCACACGACACACACAUUUGGAUCGCAAGGACGGAAUACAAAGUGGACGCAACGGACGAGUUGACAAAAACAUACUGGGUGUUGUUUCUUUUCGGUGUAAUUAUUGUACCUUUUGACAGUAUCAUAAUGUAUAUUUUUGGUGUCUUAUGAAUGUGUUUUCAGUGUUUGCGGACUGGCGGGAAUUGGCCGCCGAGCUCGUGUAAAGAACGGACUGGAAAAAGGACAAUCUUUUUGGAACCACACAGACUCGGGAGGGGGAUUGACGAUAAACGCAACACACUUUACUCUGGAGCAAUAAUUAUUCAACCUUUUUUUCUCCGCAUUUCUCUUCUUUCACUUCCCAGGAAUCAUCCGGAAGCCAUCGAAGCAAACUUUUUUUUUGUCUUGACGAGGCAAAAAAUGGCAUUUUCUUUCCACUCCUCUUUUUUGGUUUCCUAUUUGUGAUGACUCACCACAGUACAGGGCACAUUGUCUUGAGUGGUGGGUUGCACUUUAGAAAAAUGGAGCAUUUAUUUCACUGGAGGGAUCCGGAUGGAGGAGUUUUUAAAAAAAAAAAAAUGGAUGGAUGUCCGCGACGGCAUCGUCAUGAAACCCUUUCCCGUUUGACACCAAUGAAAGUACACUUAUACAUAUUGAACAUAUCAGGUGUUGUUCUGGAGCUGCAGGGGCUUAUCCCCAAAAAUGAUCCGAUAAGGCUGGAUUCACACUGCUGGUCCAAGUGCACCAUUCCCAUUUAAUUACUUAUUGUUGUGGUUUUUUUCCUCAGUGUUUCAAUGAACGUUUAUUUGAAGGGACUCAAACCCAAAGUUGGCUAAACAUGCGACAAAAUAGUGACAAUAUAGCGAAAAUAAAUAACAUUGUGGUGGUCAGUAAAUGUUACUUUUAUAGAGCAAGUGCAGGGAAAUAUAUAUGGAAUCACUCUAUUCUGAAGACAAAGAUAUGGAAUCAUGAGAAACAAACAAAGAAAUAACAAACAAAAAACACCUCUAGUAUUUAGUAGCACCACCUCUGGAUUUUAUGAUAGCUUGCAGUCUCUGAGGCAUGGACUUGAUGAGUAUUUUUCAUCAAUUUGGUGCCAACUCUCUUUGAUUGCAGUUGGCAGAUCAUCUUUGCAGGUCAGAGCCUUGCUGUGGACCUUUUUUUUUUUUCAAUUUCCUCUAGGGCUGUCAAAUGAUUAAAAUUUUUAGUUAAUUACAGCUUAAAAAUUACCGUAAUUUCCUGAAUAUAACGCACAGUUCUUUUCCCCAAAAUCAACUUGUAAAAUCAUGGUGCGUAUUAAAAACGGGUACUUGGAUGGAGACAGAAAUAUAUAUAUAUAUAUAUAUAUAUAUAUUAUAUAAACCGAUUUUUUUUUUUUUUUUUUUGGACACGGCCACGUUGUGUUGAAGAAACGUAUGUAGCGAUCCGUUGCCGACCAUUACGGUACGUGACGUCACCAUUUUGUUUCUGUAAUACUUCACUCUGAUCGGCCGAAUGAUUUUGUCUGUGUUAAAUUCUGCUUUUUUCACUCUUCAUAAAGCACAGAAUUUAGUUUCUUGAACUCAUUUGAGUCAACGUUUAUUGCAGCUCCGCAGCUCGGACCAUAACAAACGUAACAACACAGACUUCCUGUGUGUGUCCGUCAACUAUAUCUGUCCCUCGGGAAACCCAAACCCAAAUAACAAUAGUUCCUAUUGUUACUGUCGUGUCAACAGCAAUGAGCGCUCUCGGAUUUCCGACUUACGUUCACUUUCAUUUUACCGUACCUAUCCAUGGAAGAAACAUUUAUUCAUCAUGAUGAAAAGAGCAAGUUAUACAGCAGCCUUUAAAAAAAAGUUACAUCUGUUUUGUUUUCUCCUAGAUUCUGGUCAGUUGGAGAAGUUGUCAAAUCAUAUUAUUACAGUAAAUAUUGUCAGUUUAUGGUUAUGUUUUGAACUACCAAUAUGCUAUGCUUGUGCUGUGUUUCACCAGUCAGUAAAUUGACAUUUCUGUAUCUGUACACGAGCUCUGUUUUCUUGUAUUCUUCUAUUUAUUGGUGCUAAAAUUAGGGUGCGCGUUAUAAACGGGUACAAUAAUUUCCCCUAGAUUUUACAAGUAAAUUUGGGGUGCGCAUUAUACACGGGUGCGCCUUAUAUUCGGGAAAUUACGGUAAUUAAUCGUAAUUAAUCGCAAUUCAAACCAUCUAUAAAAUAUGCCAUAUUUUUCUGUAGAUUAUUGUUGGAAUUGAAAGAUAAGACACAAGACGGAUAUAUACAUUCACCAUAUGGUACAUAAGUACUGUAUUUGUUUAUUAUAACAAUAAAUCAACAAGAUGGCAUGAACAUUAUUAACAUUCUGUUAAAGUGAUCCAUGGAUAUAAAGACUUGUAGUUCUUAAAAGAUAAAUGUUAGUACAAGUUAUAGAAAUUUUAUAUUAAAACCCCUCUUAAUAUUUUCGUUUUAAUAAAAUUUGUAAAAUUUUCAAUCAAAAAAAUAAACGAGUACCUCGCCAUUGUUGAUGUCAAUAAGUACACAAUGCUCAUGGUGCUGAAACCCAUAAAAUCAGUCGCACCCAAGCGCCAGCAGAGGGCGAGAAAACACCAAAAAACACAAGUAACAAGUUGACAUGACACUGUGCUGUCAUUCUAAUCUGUUUGAGCGGGGCAUGUGCGUUAAAUGCGUCAAAUAUUUUAAUGCGAUCAAUUUUUAAAUAUUAAUUACCGCCCGUUAACGCGAUAAUUUUGACAGCCCUAAUUUCCACCACAGGUUUUCAAUAAGGUUGAGAUCUGGGCUAUUUGCAGGCCAUGACAUUGACUGGAUGAGUCUUUCUCCAAGGAAUGCUUUAACAGUUUUAGCUCUGUGGCAUGAUGCAUAGUCAUCUUGGAAAAUGACAUAUUUUCAAUUAAAGGGAUAAUAAAGCUGUCUAAAAUUUCAAUGUAAACUUGUGCAUUUAUUGAAGAUUUAACCACAGCCAUCUCCCCGAUGCCCCAUAUCAUCAAGGACUGUGGAAAUUUUGAUGUUUUCUUCAGGCAGUCAUCUUUGUAAAUCUCACUGGAACAGCACCAAACCAAAGUUCCAGCAUCAUCAACUUGUCAAGAGUCUGCAUUGGACAAGGUGUCAAGAGUCAAGAAUUUCAUUGGCCAAGGUGAUGACCUGCUCCGACCUGCAAGGAUGGUCUAGUACCUGCAAU